UUUCCACAACGGUCGCACUCUUAUCUAACGUAGUUCGUUGUCGGCGAUGGCCUCCCACUCCAUAAUCACCGGCGGUUUCGGGAUUCCGGCGAAGAAUUUGAGAAAAUUGGAUUUGGAUUUGUGCGGCGGGCGGCAGAUUGGUUUUGGGGGGAAUAAUUCGAGCAGAUUGAGGAGGAAUAGGAGGUUUGCUGAAGUUUCCGCCAUGGGCGCUUCUUCAUCUUCUUCGUCGAAUCAAGUCGGAAAUCAACUCCUCAAUUGUAGAUAUGCACAGCUGCUUGAUCUCAUGCACAAUGGCAAUGCAGAGGGUGCGGGUACGGGCACGAAUUACAGCUCAAUAAGUGAUGAAGAGUGGAAGAAACAGUUGACGGAGCAGCAGUUUUAUGUCACCAGGAAAAAGGGUACUGAGAGAGCAUUCACUGGCGAGUAUUGGAACACCAAAACCCGUGGAACUUAUCACUGCAUCUGCUGCGAUGCUCCUUUAUUCGAGUCGUCCACCAAGUUUGAUAGCGGAACCGGAUGGCCCUCUUACUACAAACCUAUAGGGAACAACGUGAAGUCAAAGCUGGACAUGUCGAUAGUGUUCAUGCCCCGCCAAGAAGUUCUGUGUGCAGUCUGCGAUGCUCAUCUCGGCCAUGUGUUCGAUGAUGGCCCUCCACCUACAGGAAAACGCUACUGCAUCAAUAGUGCUUCACUCAAGCUGAUCCCGGAGACAAAAUAGGCAGUACCCUUCUUAGGCACUCACCAUUACAGUAAGCUGUAUUUGUGCACUUUCAAAAUGUAGCCUUGACAUUCAAACGGCACCAUAUUGUCUGCUUGUUAGGCACGAAAAUGCGACAUAAUAUGGGGUUAUUUAUAAUUAUAGCGAAGUUUUAUUA